CACUUUAUCCAUCACAAAAAUCCCUCUUUCACACCCGAUACAGAUCGAAAUUCAUCAAAUCAAAUCCAUGGCUCGUCUUUUCUCACAAACCCUAAUUAGAACAACAUCAUCAGCAUCGAAGUCCUUGCAAACAUUCAAAUUAAGCAUAUCGCAGCAGCAUCGAUUUGCGAGCCAAUCUGGAAAAUCUCAAUUGAUCGAGGUCGACCUUGAAUCUGAUAGCGAUGUGGAAGUUUUAGGGUUGAGAAAGCUCGAAGAUGCUAUCCAUAGUAUCAUCGUGAGACAAUCGGCGCCUGAUUGGCUUCCUUUCGUUCCUGGUUCAUCUUACUGGGUCCCUCCUCGCCGUCACCGGCCUGAUUCUCACGGCAUCAUUAGUGUGCUCAGAAAAUUUAGCAAACCGUUGACGGAUGAAGAAUCAAUGUCUAUUUCUUCCUCACGUGGUUGGCCAUCCUCCGCUUAUUUCAUUGAAGGCACAUCCGUUAUGCAACCAUUGACUAUGGAGAUGGAAGCAGAAGUGGUUCAUAGCAAUGAGGAAAAUAUUCCUGAUGCUGAGAAUGAGGAAGGAUGAUGAAUUCAUCCCCACCAUAAGCCCCGAGAUCUUUCAAACUCGCUUCCUAUUGUAGAUAUUUUUAGAAAAAGACUAAAAUGCCCUUGAAGAAGUGGAAGCAAACAUGGUUGUACAGUUUAAGGCCUAUGGAUACCAGCGAUUUGAGCUUUCUGUAUGUUGUUAUAACAUUCUCGUAUUCUCACCUUCUAAAUAAAAAUAAUAUCAUAUUAGCAUCAUAUGAAAUGUUCUGUUUUUAA